AUGAGUGAAGUUUUCAGUGAUCAAGUUACUAAUAAGAAUUCUUUGGAAUACCAUACGAUUGCCAUCGAUAAAGAUCUUCAACCAGUCGAAAAGGAUUAUCACAUACAUGCUCCCAAGAACCAUCCAGAUGCUGACUAUUGGAUAAACGAAGUUGACAAAGAAGGUGGCGAGACACGUUACAAAAUUCAACAUGUCAUUGCAAAUGGGUCCCACACAUCAUCUAGAGGCAGCCAUGCGAUUUUCUCGGCUUUUCUUCAUGCUUACAAUUCACACGAAGAUAUUGUCUUGUCUCCAGAUGAUAUUUGGCUCAUGAUAUGCAUAUAUUUUUCCAAUUAUGUCAAUCAAAAUACGGAACAAUUGCGAACACUUUUUGUUGAUCACGAAGGCAGUAAAUUGUUAACUAUCGUACAAGUAGGAUUGAUCGAACCCGAUUGGAAGGAUUUUCUUGAACGCAUGCGCGUAGAAAUCGACAAAUCUGUGAAACAUAAUGUCAUUGAUUUGCUUACAGCUGACUUCUCAACAACUGGUGCUUCAUUACAAGAUGUGGAAUUCGUCAGGUACAUUUUAUGGGGCGGAACGGAUACGUUUGCUAGUUAUAUAGAUAGUCUAUUGCCUAUCAUCGAUGAAUUUAUCAACACUUAUCGAAAUAAAGUUAACCGUGAGUUUUGGAACAAAGUCAUGGAUAUUGAACAUGUUGGUGGUGGUACAUCGGGAAGAAUGCCUGGAAUAUACAUUAGUGGAUGGUUUCUCAAGUUGUGCUACGGAUUGCAUAAUAGAAAAAGCUGCCACACUAAAGAAAUAACAUUAAGAUCACUUGUAGUUCCCGUCAAAGUAGACAAUGAGUCUAAAUAUUUAAUCAAACCAUGUCAUCUGGAUUUUUUUCUCAUCUUACUGACACAGAAAAAUAUCAUGAUAAAAACAAUUACCAUUGGUCUUUUUUUUCUCUGUAUACUUAUUGUUAAUGGAAAAAUUACACAUGAACAAUUAAGUUCUAUCAAUACAGCAUUAACAACAAUUAAUCAGUUUGAAAAUAAAUGUACAACAUCAUCUGAUUGUCUAACAGAACCAAUCGGUGCUCGUGCAUGUGGUGGUCCCGGUGGUUAUAUUGUUUACUCAAAAACAAGUUCCUAUGUUGAAUACAUUCUUUCAUUGGCUAAACUAACAACUAAACUUGGACGUCAAUAUAAUGAAGAAAAUUCAGUAAUAUCAAUCUGCACCUUAGCUAAACAACCAAUAGCUGUUUGUGAUAAAAAUCAUAUGUGUGUUGCUCAAUAA